AUGGAAACCGAUCGAUUCCAACAGAUUGGAAACAAACUCGUCGAGUGUAAUAUGGCAAAACGAGACGCUUCGAAAAGAUGUCCCCUCUUCACACUGAAACAAUUAAAAGACGUCGACGGUCUGACGCCACGUGAAUUGAUCUACGUGGCAACUCAAAUGAAGACGUUGAAAACUCCAGAAGGCCUCGGACGACAUCAGAAGUUCUAUGAAGGAUACGAAGGGAUAGCGGGGAUUCUGGAGAAGUUUCAGUCGAGAGAACAUCAGAUUCGAAUCUGCCAGAAACUUUUGGAAAACUUCUGUACGACGAUUAUGGAGAACGAGAAGUCUAGUUUAUUCUUCUUGAUGGAUUCAGAGAAUAUUCUGACGUGGCUGGAGGAGAUUGGAGUUUUGGAUGCUCUCACUGAGAAUCUCGUUGAGCUAUGCUUCACGAUUGAGGCUUGGGAUAUGAUGACGCUGUUGCAAUUGGAUCCGAACGAGGUUCAUUUUGAAGAGCUUCAGAUUUUUGGGAAAAUUUGGAAUUCGAAAGUUUGGAAGACGUUGGAUGAGGAGCGACAGAAGGAGAUGGAGGAGCAGACGAGAUUGUUGUUGAGGAAACAGUAUGAAGUGCAGAAUCAUAAGAUGAAAGUGAGGGAUUUCAAAGGAUUUUUGAAAUUCGAAUCAAACUAG